AUGCAGACUAGCGACGCCGCCACCCGAAAGCAAUAUAUCGAGUCCAAAAAUUUGGCCAAGGUGAUCUUCAGCUACUCUCACGACGAUGCUGUAUGCGUUCAGUACCAUCCCAGAGGAAUUCCCGGAGGUAUGAUGCCAGAGUUGGACUCCCAUACGCCAUCAGCAACAAACCCAACUCCGCUAGCGUCGCCCUAUAGCCCAUGGCAUGCCUGUGGACCGGAUUAUCCGCAUUACUCUUCGGCAAUGAAACGACGCUCGCAUUUGAGACUCCUAGGUGCAACCUUGCGCCUCGCGCCAGGCCAAAGUGAUACUGAGGGCGCCGCACGACAAUGGCAGGAUUACUUCGGCAUCGGCAGAGCAAGAAGUGACUUGGUCUUCACCAAUGCAAAACUGAAGUUUGUCCCUGGAGUAGACGGUCUGCCCGAAGGGUUGGAAAGCAUAACAAUCGAGGUAAAAGGAAAGGACAUAUUUGACAAGAUGCUAGACAUCGCGAGCAAAGAAGGGCUCUGUGGUGAUGGUUGGGUCAACAUGUUGGGAGUCAAGUGGUACUUCAUCCUCAAAGAUGAAAAAGGAGGCGCUGGAAAAGACAGGAAUCAGAGCAAGUUGUAA